UUGGACUGAACCGCGGCGGCUCCCACCGAGCACUCGGCGCUGUGUUAUCACAGUAUAAUGCAUCUCUCUCAGCCUUCACUGCCUCGAUUCAAAAACAAGUACAUGUUCGGCUGAAUGUGAAGGAGUGUGCGCGGGAGAAGACGGUAACAUGAGAUGGAGAUCACUCGGACCAGACCGUCCUUGUAUGGAGAAAUCGCUCAUGGUCUUGGAUUCUGGACCGACCGGUCAGCAGUGCACGAGGCCGCCGCACAGGGCAGGGCCCUAUAGCUGCAGAAGUUGAUCGAGGCAGGGGCCGCAGUUAACAUCGUGGCAGUCGACUCCAUCACCCCCCUUCAUGAGGCAUGUAUCCAGGGGCAGACCCAGUGUGUCAGACUGCUGCUGAACGCUGGUGCGCAGGUGGAUGCUCGUAACAUAGACGGCAGCACGCCGCUGUGUGACGCCUGCGCCGCCGGUAGCCUGGAAUGUGUGAAGCUGCUGCUGGAGUAUGGAGCAACAGUUAAUCCUCCGCUGUUUACCUUCUCACCUCUACACGAGGCUUGCAUGGGAGGUAACUCAGAUUGUGUUCAGCUCAUGAUUGAUCAAGGAGCUUUCAUGGAGGCCCAUGAUUGCCACUAUGGGACACCGCUUCAUGUAGCCUGCGCAAGGCAGCAUUAUGACUGCGCCAAAGUUCUCCUCAAUGCAGGGGCAAAUGUAAAUGCUGCCAAGCUACAUGAGACAGCACUUCAUCAUGCAGCCAAAACAAAAAAUGUUGGCUUGAUUGAGCUACUGGUGGAGUUUGGGGGGAACGUGUACUCAAGAGAUAACCUGAACAAGAAACCCAUCCACUACACCAGUCUUGGAUCUCCCUCUUAUCUCUGCCUUGAGUUCUAUGAGAAUACCCCCCUCAAUCUACAGCAGAUCAGCAGAGUCGCUCUGAGAGGGGCUCUCGGCAUGAGAGCACAUGAAGUUGUGUCCCAGCUAGGCUUGCCCAAACGCAUUAUAAGUUUUCUUUUUUACACGCCACCUCCAGUUAUUGAAAUUUAAUCACCUAUGGGAAACUGAAGAUGCAGCUCUUAGAAGUCUAAUUCUAGACCAGUGAUGUCUGCUUGCUCUCUGCUGGUGUGCUCACAUGACAGGAUGUUGAAGUUGGCAGAAAUGCAGCACAGAUGUAAUGGCUUAACAAUGCCAGAGUAAUAGGCUGCACAGAGAUUUCAUAACUUCAAGAAACCAGUGAGUAGGAUUUAGUGGCGUCUAGCAGUGAAGUUGCCGAUCGCAACCAACUGAAUACUGCUCAUCAUCUAAGUGUGAAGGAGAAAUUAUGGUGGCAGUGAAACAUGCGAAAUGCCCUAUCUAGAGACAGCUUUUGGUUUGUCUGUUCUGGGCUACUGUAGAAACGUGGCGGUUUAAAAUGGUGUCCUCUGUAGAAGAGGACCCUCUGGUCCCUCUGUAGAUAAAAACAACUCAUUCUAAAUUAACAAAACAUACAUGAAUAUUUUAUUCCUUUUCUGCUAAUAGAACCUCCUUAAUGUUACACACUGGUACUUUUUAAAUAGACUCUUUACCCAACCAAAUUAAAAUGGGAUAAAUUGCAUUUACUAGUUUGGUACAUCAGCUCUGCUGCUUCAUGGUCUGCAGGUAGUGCACAGCUGGAUUUUCCUUUUUGUCUUUAACUUGUUUGUGAGAAACAAGGCUGCUCAUGGAGGUUAAGAGAGGUGAGACUCAAGCAUACAGUUUAUGUGAAGGCCAAAAUAAUAAGUAUUAAAGGUAUUAAAGGCCAUGCACACCCAUGGUAAACUUACACAGGUGUAAUUAUUUUGUCUGAUCAGACCUGCUUUCAGGACUGAGUGGGCACGUACAGACUGUCGAUCAAGCACAGGUCUUCUGUUAGCUUUUUGAACUUGUUACAGCAGUAUUACUACAGGGAUUUAGAUUACCUCACAUAACUUCCCGCAUAGCUCAGCCCACCUGCAACCCGAGCAGAGAUCACAUCAGCCUGAGCACUACACGCCCUGUGUGGGUGUGUAGGGCCUUAACAAAGAAUCCCCAGAGGGUUGGGCAACACUACUGACCAUGUCACAUAACUUGGAAACAUUUGAGUCAGUGGUAACUUGUAAAAGUAUUACUUAAUGGAGAUUGAAAUAUAUAAAUAUGAACUUGGCUUGCUUGUCAUGACCAAAUAAAUGUGAAUGUAAGUGUGAUUUUAUCAUAGAUGCUGUACUACCUUAUUGAACCCAGAGGGAACAUGAAGUAGUUUGAUUACUAGGAUAAUAUCACUGUUUGUGUUUGUAUAUAUUCUGUAACUAUUUAUUUUUAAUGUAAAUUUGUAAAUAAUACAAAUGGUUCUACCUCUAUUCAUUUUAUGUAAAUAAAUAGACCACUACCGGACUCUUUUUAAAAACAAUUCUUCAGUGUGUCUUCGAUUGUCACCGAUCUUCAAUUAUCAAAAUUCAUGUUUCUUUCAGGAAACUGUUGCUUCACAGGGUCAAAAGUACAUUAAGAGGUAAUUCAAUUAAACCAAUCUGCAUGAAAAUGAUUGCAUUACCACCCGUGAUAAUGUAACAUUGUCAAAACUUAUUGCAGACUCAUUGUGCUGGAUUAGACUUGAGCAAGUUUCAAGAGACUGCUAAUUUACGCAUGUAAGUUAAUGGACACUGCCCUUGAACAUUAGGAAAAAUACACCCCAUAUAUUUAAAAUAAUAUGGAAAAAAAGUACAUAAAAAUACUUUAUUUGUAGUUUGGAAGUUUAACCAGCUUGCAAUGCUCAAUAGGCCUCAAACUAAGGUCAACGUGUCAAAAGGAAAUUAUUCAUCAAAAUAUGCAUGACAGUGGAGGAACUCAUGUAUAUCACAGAUAUGAUUGAUUUCAGAGAAACAGACUUAGGAAUUAUUGUCAGUAAACUAUACAAGUCCAAUUACUGCUGUAAUGUUCUUGGGGAUAACAGCGGUUGAACACUUUACAGUUAUUGAGACCUCGCCAGAAACCUGGUUAAUAAACAACAGGACAUCUGACAUUGUGAAUCUGACGAAGCAACAUGCAAAACCCUUAGUUUGCUUCUUUUUAAUUUUGUUUUUAAUAUAUUAAAACAGUGUCAACCCUAGUAUCCUGGAGUGCGCUGGAAUAUAUAUUUUUGUUGUUUGGUUUAACUUGGUUUGCUCUGCAGAAGAGAGGCACUGUUGUGCAACAGAGUAUUUUCAACUUUCUAAUCACUACUGUCAUUAUCAAGAUUGUCACAGGGCUGACACCAAGAGCAGAGAUAUGAUGUUCAGUUAGAGACAAACCUGAAGAUUAGAUGAGAGCAAUGUGCAGCCACAACCUUCAGUGACAACGAGACGCUCCCAUGAGCAGAUAAUAAGUGCUUCCAUUUACAAAAACACGUCUGAACAAGAACUGCUGCUACAGAGCCUAACCGCUAUUGGGUGAAAAAUGUCUGAGAAAGAUGUUAAUUACAUGAACAGCAGCAACGUUUUACCAGAUAUGUGAUCUCAGAGUGAAAAGAAGUGGCCAGAAAAGAUCAGGUCAUAUCCUCUUUUAUUUCUUAUUUGCACAACCUGGGGGAGUUCACAGUCUCUCGUUAAUAACUUCUGGUGGGGAUUUCACAGGAUGAUUCAAGUAUAUUUCUUUUUCUUUCUAUUGUAAGAAUGUAAGCGUUUCUCCAGUAUUUUGAGAGCUCGUCUAACACCGCAGCUGCUAGCCGUUACUAGGCGCUAAUUCCUGUUUAACCGGACUAACUACAACAACGUGUUACAACAGUUCCUAGGAACACAAUGAUUACUUUAUUGUGAAGUAAGGUUUUAUAUUUAUUUAUACAGCACAAAUGAUCAAAAAAUACUCUUGAUAACAUCCCGUAGCUAACUGGUAGAACAGGACAUACAACAGCAGAAACAAUGCCAGGACUUGUGCAGACUAACUCUAAAGCUAACCAAAUAGUAGUAAACAGGACAGUGGACAGUAAACAGUAAACUAGAACGAUAUUUUUAAAGCAAUGUGGCACGAGAUUAUGGAAAGAAGCCACAAAAAGAUGAGUCAAAUUGAGUCUUAGAGGUAACAUUUUCUUGAAUUGGUAUAAAGUUCAUAAAAUGUACUUAUUGUCACCGUCAUCUGAAUCCACACAUUACAAACACGCCAAGAUAUCGUUCCUGAUUUCUAUACCUGGUCCAUUUAUAUGUAUAUUUCUUAUGGUUUUAAAAGAUAGUGUCAGACCAAAAAAGGGAAAUAGAAAAUAGAAGUGAUUUCAUUUGAGACUAAUUAAUUGAUGUGUAAGUGAUAAAGAUGGUUAAAGGUGAGGGAUUAAUUGGUGAAAAUGAAAACGGCCACAUUCUCUGAAGGUCGAUGUCAUUUGAUCAUUACCAGAACAACAGCGGCCCUGUCAGCUGUCUGCACUGAUCAGCUCCAGGGAGAGCAGGUGUUAAGUUUGCAGGGCAUCAGGAUACUAAGAGAUGUUUUUCCUUGGGGAACCGUUGAGCUGCUUUUUACUACAAAGAAUAAUCAGGGGCGAUGGUGAAUGAGACAGAGGAGACAGACACCCAACAGUUUCCCACUUAAGCAUAAAAAUUUGUUGUUAGGAAGCUGGUUUCAGCAAGGUUGUUGAGAAGCUGCUGGUGUUAGUGGUUCACCAUCAACUAUAAAUACUGCAGGUUCAACGGCUUACACUGCACGAGAGGCCCCUGUAAUAAAAUGGGUAAGUGAUUUGGCUUGCAGCUGUAGUUGUGGUAGGACAUCAAAUGGCACAGGUUGCCGUGGACAUGUUGGUUUUUACUUUAUGAUCUUGUCAGCCCAUAUGAUAAGCCAGCCCAUGUAUUUACACUUAGCUAUUCAUGCAGGAGGAAGUCAUUAUGACUGACAUCUGUCCCAGUCCAGGAGAGAAUUCAUUUUAAAUGAUACUUCCUCUUUAUGCAGUUUCAUUUUUGAUUCCUCAGGUCCUCUUAUUUCCUAAUGAAACUCUGCUGCCAUUUUGUUGUCUGUAGGAAUUUUUUAGACAUUAUUGCUGUAUUUUUUUCUGCAUAAACAUGUCACGUUUAGUAAUACAAGUUGAGUAUAGUAAAGUAUAUAUCUGUUUCGUAUCCAGUGCGCUAGAGUUUCACUCAGAUUCACAAACAUGGAUUAUAAUCAGCUUUACAGUGAAACACACACCAGGCAAAUACAAGCAUAACAGCAAAAUAUUAUCUAGUUUACCUACAUGUAAAUCUACCAUGGCAGGAACAAUGCUAAUGCAAAUUAUUUUAUAUUCAAAGUC